UCUACUUUCUUUCUUACAAAUCGAAAGUUAUUCCAACAUGCUUAUUCUUUGUUUCCCAGUUCGGAGUCUGUUUUGUGAAACAUUGCUGCUGUGAAUGAUCCAUUCAGAGAAACAAGGAGAAUCUCCUAGAAGGAAGGAGAAGAUGGAGAUGCUUGCAGUACAUGGCCAGGAAACCGUAUUACAAGAAUUGAGUCUCUUCUGUAAAAGAGAUGUCAAUGGAGUUGGAGUGUUAUACGACCUGCUCAGAUCUCCCUGGCUGCAAGCUCUCCUAAAGGUUUAUGAAUGCCUCCAUCAAUCUAUCAGAAAAAAACCAGUCCCGGUCACACCCCAAGCACGUGCACUGUCUCGUGAGGUGGUGGAGUUGUUACGUGGAGUCCCUCAAUCUACAGAGAUCAGAGAGCUGAGACGACUUCUGCGAAAUCCAAACUUGAAGGCCUUACUAUCAGCUCAUGAUACUGUGGCCCAGAAAGAUUUUGAACCAAUCCUUCCCCCUCUACCAGAUAACAUCCCUGAAAAUGAAGAAGCCAUGAGGAUUGUCUGCUUAGUGAAGAACAAGCAGCCCCUGGGUGCCACCAUUAAACGCCAUGAGAUAACGGGUGACAUUGUGGUUGCCAGGGUGAUCCAUGGUGGGCUAGCAGACAGAAGUGGGUUGUUGUAUGCUGGAGACAAGCUGGUAGAGGUGAAUGGAGUUUCAGUGGAGGGACUAGAGCCAGAGCAAGUUAUCCACAUUCUGACUCUGUCCCAGGGAACAAUUAUGUUCAAACUGAUUCCAGUUUCUGAUCGGCCAGUCAGCAACCAAACAACACUCUAUGUGAGAGCAAUGGCAGAUUACUGGCCCCUGCAGGACCCUGCCAUACCUUGUGCUGAUGCAGGCUUGCCCUUUAAAAAGGGUGAAAUCCUUCAGAUUGUUGACCAGAAUGAUGUCCUCUGGUGGCAGGCCAGGCAAGUCUCAGACCUGAGUGCCUGUGCUGGGCUGAUACCGUCAAACCAUCUUCUGAAGAGGAAGCAGCGAGAAUUCUGGUGGUCUCAGCCUUUCCAGCCCCAUGUCUGUCUCAAAUCAACAAUAUUGAGUACUGUGGAAGAAGAGGACGACAUGCAGAUUGAUGAGAAGUGUGUAGAAACAGCUGGUUUCCGUAGAAGCAUGCGUCUCUGCCGCAGGAAAUCCCAGAACACCCAGCAGCCCUGUUACGCACGGUGUCCCAGCAGCUGUUGCAGCGCAGCAGCAGCCCCUUAUGAGGAGGUGGUGAGAUACCAGCGACAUCCGACAGAUCGAAACCGACUAAUUGUGCUAGUGGGUCCUUCAGGGGUUGGCGUGAAUGAGCUAAGGCGGCGGCUUAUUGGAAUGAACCCUCAUCAUUUUCAAAGUGCUGUACCCCACACCACUCGUGCUCAGAAAAGCUAUGAAGAGAAUGGUCGUGAGUAUCACUAUGUAUCAAAGGAAACAUUUGAAAACAUGGUAUAUAGUCACAGAAUGCUGGAGCAUGGGGAAUACAAGGGACACCUAUAUGGCACCAGUGUUGAUGCUGUGCGAACAGUUCUUGAUGAAGGGAAGAUCUGUAUAGUGGAUUUGGAACCACAGGGUAUCCAAAUGGCUCGGACACACGAUCUAAAAGCCUAUAUUAUAUUCAUCAAGCCACCUAGUAUGAGCUGCAUGAGACAGUCUCGGAAAAACGCCAGGGUCAUUACAGACUAUUAUGUGAACAUGAAAUUCAAGGAGGAAGACUUGCAGGAGAUGGAGGACUGUGCUAAGAAAAUGGAAGCUCAGUUUGGUCAAUUCUUUGAUCAAGUGAUUGUAAAUGACAACUUACAAGAGGCCUGUGUGCAGCUGCUGUCUGCAGUCCAUCAGGCACAGGAUGAUCCCCAGUGGGUCCCUGCUACAUGGAUUUGUUCAGAUACUCAGCCAUAAUUCUGAGAAGCAGGCAGCUUCACAAAGAUUAUAUCUUAUGUUUUACCUCCAGAAUAAUCCUGUCAGGAUUGUAAGAAUAUAUCUUUGUGUGGAGAGAGUUUGGAGGGGGAUUAGGAAAAAAGCUAUAAUGAGAUAAUCAUACUGUCUUCAUUGUAGUUCUUACUGCAACAUGUGAUGCUUAACAUCAAUUUUGUACCAAAAAAGUGCUGUAGUAUCUCAGAAUUACAAAA